CACCUUGAUCUCCCUAAGGUAUUUACGGUGUUAAUACAGGAAGUAAAUUUACAUUAAAUCACCUGGAUUUUUAUGAAAUCUUAAAGAAGCGUUUUAUAUUUAAACAGUGAUCGAACAACGUUAGAAAUGGAAGUUUCCGGUAAACUAGCUGAAGCUGGACAAGAUUUACAAUUAUGUGAACAUUGUCAAUUUGAAAAUGUUACAACAAAAGCAAAUGGAAUAUGUCGGGACUGUGAGGAAUAUAUGUGCGACGCCUGCUUCCGGCAUCAUCUGAAGGGUAAAAGGAAUAGAAAUCAUGAAUUGAUUGAUAUGAAUGACCCAGAUAUUGCUGCAAGGAAAAGUGCAGAAGAAGUAGAGAAAUGUAAAAAACACGACGAUGAGGCAAUAAGAUUUUAUUGUCGUAAACAUGACAUUGUUGGAUGUGGUGACUGUAUUAUACUAGAGCAUAGUACAUGUAAACCCGAAUACAUAAAGGAUUUAUCGAAAAACGUUCAAGAAACCGAAGAUUUUAUAAACUUGAAGAGGAAAAUUGAACAACUGGAGCUUGAGAACAAAGCGACCUAUGAGAACGUUCAAAAGAAUCGAAAAGAUUAUAAAGGGAUGCACGAGGAAGUGCUAACUAAGAUAAGGAAGUUUAGAACAGAUAUCAAUAUUUAUCUGGAUAAGGCAGAGGCAGCUAUUAUAUCUGAAAUGAAACAACUUAUGUCCAACAACGACAAACUCCUUGAUAAGCUAGACACCGAUUGUGCAAAAUAUUUGUCUGAAAUUGAAGGUUUAUACCAGAAACUUGACCCAACAGUCCAUAGAGAAAAUGUACUGUUUAUACAAACAGUACGUAGCAAAGCAAGUGUUCUGGAAAUUGAACAUGAGCUGUCAAAAACUGUACAAUCAGUAUGCGAAGUCAAAUGUUAUGAAUUUGUUUCUAACCAACAUUUGUCCAGUAUCAUCAAAUCAAGAGAGAAACUUGGCCAACUCAAUAUUUCGGAUAUAAAUGAACCAAAGCAUGAUGAAAUCACAAAAUUGGAUAUGAACGUUGAUACAUUAACAUUCGUGGAACCAGAGAAGCCAAAGAAGCCAGUGCAGCAGGAAACAGAUACAAAAACUGGUGUGAGACAGCCAAUUGAUUUUGUCGGUGCCCGUGUAAAAGCAACAAACUCAGUUUUGAAAACCCUUCUUGGCAAGACAGGUACUGUAACAGCUGUACGUCCAGAUGGAUCUUUCGAUGUGAAGUGGGAUCAUAGUGGAAAAACACUCUCUGGUUACAGUGAAGGAUAUGGAUACAAAGGAGUCAAACUCAUCUAAAAGAAAUUAAACUGUUUAAUUCAUGUAUAUUAGUUAUGAAUCUUUUUUAUAUUAAUUGCAAAUUAAAAAUAUUAAUUGCAAAUUAAAACAUAUCUGAGUAUUUUACAUGUCGGAGAAUAUGUUCACAGUCAGUUGAAUUGAAGGUGGUACGUAUUAAGGACUAGUAAGAGAAAAUAAUAUAAGCAAAUGAUGUAAGCAAUGUUGUAAUAGCUGUUGAAUCUGAAUAUAGUUUUCUUUGUUACCCCACUAAAUCAAACUUACGGUUUGGUUAUAUUGGAUCUGUUUCGUUGCAAGAUAGAUAAUUUGUUUACUUCAUACCAGUAAGCAGUAAAAUGUACAGAAUGUAUAUUAUUAUUUGUAGAACAAGCGAAGUUUCUUAAGCAUUUCAAUAUGCUUAGAACCUUGUCCAUUUCUCAACAUGUCUUUUUACUGUAUGUUUUGAUGAAUCAUUGUGUGUAUGUGUUUUGGUCACAAUUUCACAAAGAUAAUUUUUCGAUGGUCAUAUGCAAUGUAUUUACCGAUUUGUCUGAUAAAAGUGAACUGGAAAAAGUAAAAAUUUGGUGCAUUGAUAUGAAUAGUCAGUGUUCAGACCCUGUUUUUUGUUCACAUGAGAUAACUCCUGAGACUAUCCACAUUUUGCAUAAGUAUGUCCCUCUUCUUCCCAAAGCUAUCAGAUAGAAAAAAGUAGAAACUUCACAGGUCGCUCAACACGACAAAAACGAAAAUGUUGCAGGCUCGGUUUGAUUGAGCCUGUUCAUGGACGGUAGUAGAAAUGCAUGCUACCGUCCAGGCCCUCUAACCCCGGGUUGAACAGAACUCGACAUUUACAUAUGUUAAAAGUACAAAAAGCAAUUUAGAGGCAUCCGCAGAUGUAUUCAAACGGCUGUGAACAUGGAACCUUCAAUGAUACACGUGUUGGGGCAGAGCCAAAAAGGCCGGUCAGAAUAUGUAAGAGAAAAUGUUUAAAAAUUAUAAACGAUAUCUAGUCGGUAGUCAGGCUAUGUUAUGAACUGGAAUUUAGAAUUUGACCGAGGGAAAAUUCAUUCACAUCUGCUUAUCUAUUUUGUAAAAUAAUUUCGCGCUGCAAUUUUAUGUUGCGAAGCACUGAUUUUCAUAUAUACUGUUAAGAUGUAAUUGAUUAUUUAUAAGAAAAAUCUUCAAACAUACAAAAGACCGAUUAUGUGUUUUUGUAUGCUUUAUUUGACUGUUUGACGUAGAAUAUGUAUUUUAAAUGCGUUUUAAUAUGCAAAGUACAAUAUGUCAUAAAAUCAUUUAAGCUGAUAUGUGUUAUCAAUACAAUAUACAGGAUUAAUCAGCGUGCAUCAAUAAUAUGUCUACAAUAGA